CUGAAACCGCCAACUGUAUCGUGAAGGAGGAACCGGUAGUUGGCUCCUUCGACGUUCGACUCCGUCCUAUAUUUACGUUUAUACUUCUUCUUCCUCUUCUCAAUCUUCUCCAGAAUUGGUCUUAUUACGGUUAAGCGAACGAAACGGAUACUCGAGGAUCCAACAUGAUGACCCAGCUCGCGACCGUCUUUUUGGUUGCCUCUUUGCUCAACGUAGUCUCAGCAGGACACAGCGGAGGACACGACCAUGUGGUGAUCCACGUACCCUACAAGAUCAAGACCGUUCAUCAUACGCAUACGAUCACGAAGCACAUCCACCACGGUGGUGGAGGUGGCGACAAGUACGAGGUACUGGGAUAUACCGUCGGUCAUCCCAUAGACUUGGGAGGUCACGGCGGUUUCGGUGGUGAUUUUGGAGGCGGCGGCGGCGGUGGUCACGAUUUGGGUGGCGGUGGUGACCUCGGCGGCGGUCACAUCGAGUACAGCGGCGGCGGCGGCGGUGGUGGCGGUGGUGGCGGUGGCCACAUCGAGUAUAGCGGUGGCGACAUUGGCGGAGGAUACGGUGGAGGUGGAUUUGGAGGCCACGGAGGCAGUAUUGGAGGUGGAGGAUACGGAGGAGGAGGCCUCAGUGGCGGUGGCCACGAAGACUGGGGCGGUCAUUAA